AUGGCGCAUUGCGCGCUGGCGCCUAACGCGCUGGCGCCAAACGCGCUGGCGCCAAACGCGCUGGCGCCUAACGCGCUGGCGCCUAACGCGCUGGCGCCUAACGCGCUGGCGCCUAACGCGCUGGCGCCAUACGCGCUGGCGCCAAUUACGCUGGCGCCAUACGCGCUGGCGCCUUACGCGCUGGCGCCUUACGCGAUGGCGCCUUACGCGCUGGCGCCAAACGCGCUGGCGCCAAACGCGCUGGCGCCAAACGCGCUGGCGCCAUACGCGCUGGCGCCAUACGCGCUGGCGCCAAACGCGCUGGCGCCAAACGCGCUGGCGCCAAACGCGCUGGCGCCUAACGCGCUGGCGCCUAACGCGCUGGCGCCUAACGCGCUGGCGCCAUACGCGCUGGCGCCAAACGCGCUGGCGCCAUACGCGCUGGCGCCAUACGCGCUGGCGCCUUACGCGCUGGCGCCUUACGCGCUGGCGCCUUACGCGAUGGCGCCUUACGCGCUGGCGCCAAACGCGCUGGCGCCAAACGCGCUGGCGCCAAACGCGCUGGCGCCAUACGCGCUGGCGCCAUACGCGCUGGCGCCAUACGCGCUGGCGCCAUACGCGCUGGCGGCUUGUGCGCUUCUGCCUUGUUGCGGCAGAGCGCUGACUAAUUAUUGCGCACGCUCAAGCGUUGCUGCAGUGAGCUCACGCCUUGCUGCAGUGAGCGCACGCCUUGCUGCAGUGAGCUCACGCCUUGCUGCAGUGAGCUCACGCCUUGCUGCAGUGAGCUCACGCCUUGCUGCAGUGAGCUCACGCCUUGCUGCAGUGAGCUCACGCCUUGCUGCAGUGAGCUCACGCGUUGCUGCAGCUUCGGGUUUUAACCGCACUUGCUGCCUGCAUGCGUGCUGCACUGCCCCGGUGUCGCUCGUAUUCAUUACGGCCACCCACGGUCCCCUACCCCAAGUCCCCGACCGAACCGAACCCCCGGUAGCGCGCGAGGGAGACGAUAAGAUCCUCUCCUGUAUUUGGUCUCUUCAAGAGAAGUUUUCACAACCGUCGCCCAGGGAUGCCCAGUCGAGAAAGGAGAAGCAUAAGAUCCCCUCCCGCCGCUUCCUCACCUCCUCAUUUCCCGUUUUCUUCUCGGGAGUUUCCUUCGCCUGUGCCUCGUCACAGCGCUUCCCUUUCGCUCUUCUCACGACCUGUCACGGAAACCCGACCUGCCUGCAUCGCGUAGCGCUAGCACUAGACGGUGACUUCGUCUCUACCACUCCCCACUUCCCCUUUCCUGGCGAGCGGCCAGUGGGAGAGGGAAGGAGCGCUUUCGAGAAUGAAGCUCGCCCUCCUUGGAACGACAGUUUGCAAUCGGGGCAGAAGCAGCAGCAGCAGCAGCAGCAGCAGCAGCAGCAGCAGCAGCAGCAGCAGCAGCAGCAGCAGCAGCAGCAGCAGCAGCAGCAGCAGCAGCAGCAGCAGCAGCAGCAGCGGCGGAAGCAGCAGCAGCAGCAGCAUCGGCGGCGGCGGCGGCGGCGGUGGCAGUGGUGGCUUGAGUGA